AUGAAGCUCUUACUUCGCAACAAGAACGCAGCUGCUUUCACCUUAUUUCAUGGCUUCUCUGGUUUUCCUUUUCCCUUUACUUCUUUCUUCGAUCUCAUCGGCAGUGAUCCCCACCCUCAGCUCAGCUCUCUCCACACAACCCAUGUCUCCAAUCCCCAAUCCACUCGUCUGUCUCGUGCUCUUUUUGAGUCCUCCUUCAUGGCUCCCCAGAAGCCUCAAACCUCGCUGGGUGGAUUGAAGAAUUUGAAGAUUUUUGUGUACGAUUUGCCUCCGAAAUAUAAUACCGAUUGGCUCUCCAACGAGAGGUGCAGCAGUCACUUGUUUGCGUCCGAAGUGGCCAUUCACAGAGCCCUGUUGACGAGCGACGUGCGCACAUUUGACCCAUACGAAGCUGACUUCUUCUUCGUGCCCGUUUACGUCUCCUGCAACUUCAGUACAGUCAAUGGCUUCCCGGCGAUUGGUCACGCUCGCUCCCUUAUCGCUUCCGCCGUUAAACUCAUCUCCUCCGAAUACCAUUUUUGGAAUCGAAGCAGGGGGUCCGACCACGUAUUCGUCGCUUCGCACGACUUUGGGGCCUGUUUUCACACCCUGGAGGACGCGGCGAUUGCAGACGGGAUACCAGAAGUAUUGAAGAAUUCGGUUAUAUUACAGACAUUCGGUGUCCAGCAAAAGCACCCGUGUCAAGACGUUGAGAAUGUGGUGAUACCACCCUACGUGUCGCCGGAAAGCUUGCAGAACACGCUGGAGAAAGCUCCGGUGGACGGAGGGCGAGACAUUUGGGUGUUUUUCAGGGGGAAAAUGGAGGUCCAUCCGAAGAAUGUCAGCGGACGGUUUUACAGCAAGAGGGUGCGGACGGCGAUAUGGAGGAGAUACAACGGCGACCGGAGAUUUUACCUGCGGAGGCAUAGGUUUGCGGGCUACCAGUCAGAGAUAGCUCGGUCAGUGUUCUGCCUGUGCCCGCUGGGGUGGGCCCCGUGGAGCCCACGGCUGGUGGAAUCAGUGGCAUUGGGGUGCGUGCCGGUGAUAAUCGCUGACGGGAUCCGGCUGCCAUUCGGAUCGGAGGUGGGGUGGGGGGAGAUCUCGGUGACCGUGGCGGAGAAGGACGUGGAGAGGCUGGGGGAGAUACUGGAGGAGGUGGCGGCGACCAAUCUGAGCGCGAUACAGAGGAAGCUGUGGGACCCGCGCACGAAGCGGGCCCUGCUGUUCAACAAUGAGAUGGAGGAAGGCGACGCCACAUGGCAGGUGCUGACAGCGCUGAGCAAGAAGCUGGACAGGUCGUACAGGAGGUCGAGGGUUUCGGGCCAAUUAGAGAGCGACACGUAAGAGGGGGAGCAGGGUGUUUCCGACGUGGACCGGGCCUCGGCGGGUGGCACAAUGGAAGACAGCUGGAUUGGGAGGGGGGAGGGGGGAGAAGGAAUCUGAUAGG